AUGGAGAGAGAGAAAGAAUUAGGAGAAAAAGAUCAAUUGUUACAAGAAAAAACUGUCCGUCUUGAGAAUAGUGAAGGGGAAGUUUCAAUGUUACAGAGAAGUUUGGUCAUUAAUAGAGAGAAGUAUGAUGGCAUGUUUGAAGAUUUGCACAAGAAAGUUAAUUUAAGAGAACAAGAACUAAAUGAUCAGUAUGAGAGAUUUGACGAACAAAAACAAAAAAUAAGAGCAUUAGAAGAGCAAGAGCGUGCUGAAAGAGAAGAACAUUUAAGAUCAAGAAUGAGAGAGAUGGAUGAAAGAGAAAGAGAGAUUGUGAAAAGAGAAAAAGAAUUGAACCAAAUGAAAGCAGAAUUAGAACAUCAACGCUUUACAUCAAGAAUAGAAAAAUUUGCCCCACAUAGUAUUUAUAGUCAUAAGAACGAAUCUAGUGUUGAAAAACCAGAAGAGAAGAAGAACACAGUUUCCAGUCCAGUACCCCCAAAACUUGCUACGUAUGAUGGCAAAUCAGAGUGGAGACCAUAUUUCACUCAAUUCAAUCACAUGGCUGAAAAGUACAAAUGGAAUGACUCAGACAAAUUAGAUAAGCUGAUUGAGUGUAAAUUGAAAGAACGGUUUGAUAAGAAGGACCAGCCAUACAUUAUUCGAAGACAGCUGCAAGAGAUUAAACAAAAUCCAGAAGAAACGAUUGAAGAAUUUGCGGAGCGCAUUGAAGAACUUGCUGCUGAAGGAUAUCCAGAGACCCCUGAAUUCUUCAAAAACACCAUCACCGUCGAUGCUUUUCUUCGAGGCUGUACAGAGAAACGGGCUGCAUUGGUCACUCUUGCUAAAGAUCCACAAACUCUGGAUCAGGCAAUUAACUACAUGAAAAUUUCCAUCACCAAUCAAAAAUUAAUAAUGGGCCCAAAGAAAGAGACCAAAAACGUUACAUUUGAGAACAUGAAAUCUGACGAUAGUCCAUCCAAAGACAUCCGUAUUCGAAUGGCAAGGAGUCCAUCACCACCAAAGCCUUCAUUAGAAUCAAGAAUUUCAACUUUAGAAAAAGAGAGCAGGGAAACAACUAGACUGCUAAAGGAAAUUUUGAGAGUAUUGCCGGUGCCAGAUGAAGAAAGACAACCAAGACCAAGAUUCCAGUCACCAAAAAGAACAUAUACAUCAACAUCAAGGUCAACGUUAAGGUAUACAUCACCACAAAGAUCGUUGAAUGCAUCAGAACCAAGAUAUGCAUCACCAAAAAUAUCUCCAUCAAAUAGUCCUGUAAGGUCAGAGAGUGAGAGCAAGUGCUAUGUGUGUGGUAAAAUGGGACAUUUCGCUAGAAAUUGUUGGAAGUCAAAAUCAAGAUCACCCUCACCAACACAAAAAGCUGUCAAUUUAAACUUUCAAGAUCUGAGGAAAUAG